AUGGAGCUCUUCAGACCCGCCCCUGAGCCCGCGACCCCUCUGGGCCGCUACCGGAUCCUCUCCUCAACAGCAGGAGUCCGCGUCUCGCCCCUCCAACUAGGUGCCAUGUCAAUUGGCGACGCCUGGAGCCAUUUCAUGGGUAGCAUGAACAAAGAGCAAUCCUUUGCCCUGCUGGAUGCUUUCGUAGCCGCCGGAGGCAACUUCAUCGACACGGCCAACAACUACCAAAACGAGCAGUCAGAAGCGUGGAUAGGCGAAUGGAUGGCCGCUCGCAAGAACCGCGACCGAAUGGUCAUCGCCACCAAAUUCACAACCGAGUACCGUAGCCACGAAGUCGGCAAGGGCAUGACCCCCAACGCGAGUGGUAACCACAAGCGCAGCAUGAUACUUAGCGUACGGGACUCCCUCCGCAAACUUCAGACAGAUUUCAUCGAUGUCCUCUACCUUCACUGGUGGGAUCACACCACCUCGAUCGAGGAAGUCAUGGACUCGCUCCACAUUCUCGUCGAGCAGGGCAAAGUCAUGUACCUCGGUAUCUCCGACUCGCCCGCGUGGGUCGUAUCCGCCGCAAACACAUACGCCCGCGCCCACGGCAAGACACCCUUCUCGAUCUACCAAGGCCGGUGGAACGUGAUGCGCCGCGACUUCGAGCGCGACAUCCUCCCCAUGGCUCGUUAUUUCGGAAUGGCCCUGGCACCGUGGGAUGUUCUUGGUGGCGGCCACUUCCAGACAGCGAAGCAGAUCGAAGAGCGGAAGAAGAAGGGUGAAGGUUUGCGCAGUAUGAUGGGUAACGAGCAGACCGAGGAGGAGAGAGCCAUCUCCGAGGCAUUGGCGAAGGUUGCAGCCGAGCAUGGAAUCGAGUCUGUAACGGCGAUUGCGUUGGCAUAUGUGCUUUGCAAGGCGCCGAAUGUUUUCCCGCUUGUUGGUGGACGCAAGAUUGAACAUUUGCAUGAUAAUAUUCAGGCUUUGUCGAUUCGGUUGACGGAUAAGCAGAUUGAGUUCUUGGAGUCGGCGAAGCACUUUGAUGUUGGGUUCCCUCAUGACUUUAUUGGUACUGAUCCACGGCACAAUGGUGGAAAAUCGGCUCCGCUUGUGGCUUCUGCUGGUCCUAUUGACUAUGUGCAGGGACCUACUGCUAUUGGAUAUGAGCCUACUAAAUAG